AUGACCCUCAUUCGGUUCGGCGAGAAGCCCCCAAACAAAACCCUCAAGGGCCACAAGCUCCUUGUUGCUCUGCCAUCAUUCAAGCCAUCGAAAGAGGAGGUAGAUGAGCUGAAGGAUCGCUACACAGGAUUGGAAGUCCAAAUCGGUAGUGUCAAAGACGUCACGAAGGAGGAGUGGAAGGAUGUGACAAUUCUCGUGACAGGCUACAACAGGGAGGGUCUGCCUGACAAGGAUGAUGUGCCAAACCUUGAGUACGUCCAGCUCUCAUCGGCUGGCGCAAACCUGGUAGUGUCGGAUCCGCUGUACAAAGACACCGACAUAGCUUUCUGCACCGCAAACGGCGUUCAUGGGCCGCAAAUAUCGGAAUGGAUCAUUGCCACGUUUCUGGGCUUUCAACAUCACCUCACAUCCUACCUUGACAAACAAAGAGCGGGCAAGUGGGAUAGGAGCAUGGAGCCGACAAUCGAUGCUGUGAAGAAGAGGGUGGGAAUCUUGGGCUACGGAGCUAUUGGAAGGCAAACAGCACGUGUGGCCACAGCUCUUGGAAUGGAUGUCUACGCAUACACUCUGCACGAGCGAAAGACCCCGGAAUCAAAGAAGGACGAUACAUACGCCCCAUCAGGCCUCGGAGACCCAGAAGGUAUAUUCCCGUCAAAAUGGUUCUUUGGCGAGACAAAGGAACAACUGCACGAAUUCCUCGGCUCCGGUUUGGACCUGCUCGUCGUCUCGAUGCCAUUGACAGAGAAGACGACCGGUCUGAUCUCCACACCCGAGUUUGAAGUGCUUUCGGAAAGAAAGACUUUUGUUUCCAACAUUGCCCGUGGCCCUAUUGUCAACACAGAGGACUUGAUCGAGGCUCUCGAUAAGGAGCUCAUCCGCGGUGCGGCGCUGGACGUUACGGAUCCUGAACCGCUUCCUGAAGGCCAUCCUUUGUGGAGUACGAAGAAUGUUGUGAUCACGCCUCAUAUAAGCGCUGCCUCGGAAAGUUAUUUCGAACGGGUGUGGGCAAUUGUGAAGUUGAAUCUACAGCGGUUAAGCCAGGGCAAGGAGCUUACCAACAAGGUGAACAGGAAAGAGGGGUACUGA